AGAGUUAAAGAGACAGGUGCAGGGGAGAGACACCUGGGUGAUGCCAGGGAGCCGAGACGGAUUGUUCCAACACCUGUGGGAGCGGGGGAUUGUGCUGUGGGGUCACGUUGAUCAGAGCACCAGAGAGGGAAUCAUGGCCGACACAGUUAAACUGGAUCCAGACUGCGACUGCCCUGUUUGUUGGAAUCCCUACACCCCCACUUUCCGCACCCCCAAACUGCUGCACUGCAACCACUGCUUCUGUAUGGAGUGUCUGGAGCGGCUCAGUCAGGCCUCCCAAAUCCACAACCGCAUCCCCUGCCCACUGUGCCGCCACAUCACCGUCCUGCCUGAGGAGCAUGGGGUCACCGACCUCCCCACCAACACCUCCAUCCUGAGCCAAGUGAAGGCCGAGCAACUGCCGCCUCCUCCGUUCUUUGCUUUCAAGGAUUCCCUCAAACUGCCCCUUUUCCAGCGGCCGCCGUCCAUCUACACGGUCAGCGUGGGGGAGGAGUCAGGCUCGUCGUUUGAAUCGCAGUCGCCCCUCACCACCAUCCCUAGUAACAGACCCCUCUGGCACUGCUUCCAGAACCCCCAACUGCGCAUGUUCUCUUACCUCAUGCUCCUCAUCAUCGGCGUCACACUCUUCCUCAUCCUCUCCAUCUUCUGGACUCGCAAGUUCAUUUGGGGACAAAGGUAAAACCAUCAUGGGGGGGUGCAACUAAAAUGUAAGAAACAAUGGCUGCCGCUUGGCCCUGGAAGUUUUACCGACUGUGACAAGAAGCUGCCAUGUUGCUGCCACAGUAUUGAAACAUAAUCUGCGCUUGACUGGAUGUCCCAGGGGCCCGAGAGCUUUGUGGCUCAUCUCAGUGUUAUUUCUGUGCUUCUGCCUUCACUGGGCGCAACUGUAACUCCCUGCAGCUUUGGUGUCCUAUAAAGACAAUGGAAUAUCUCUUCCACCAAUCACAGCAGGAGCAGUGCCUUAUGUCAUGGGUAUCAAAUCCGUAUCAAAAUCCCCACAACAUGUGACUAACGAUGGACAGAGGAACAAAUGGGGGAAUUAACCCAAUGCUUAUAAUGUGU